AUGAAACGGGUGAUCGGGUUUCCCGGGGAGAAUAAUCCAUCACACGGCUUCAUAGAUCUCUUGAGAUCUAUGACUGUGUGUAUGGAAGAUGAUAGUGAACGAGACUGCCUAGUGCUCGAACGGCCGGUCGACCGCACAACAGGCUCAUUGGCCGCUGACACACAGAGUAGGGGAUUAUAUGCUUGCUGGGCCAUGUGUACAGAGCUUUUAAGCACGUCCUGCAAGCAUUGUGCCCUCCUCUGUUGGGGCCUCCCUUCUAGCCGGGAAUCUAUAGCCAAUCCGAAGAGGAGCAAGGCCAGUUCAAUUCUUGCUGCAAGAGCGAAACCCGACACCCAUCCUGGGUUUGGAGUCGACGGGACGAAGCGGGGAGAGGGGGAGAGAGAGAACCUCGACCUCUCGUCAGCCCGUCCGUUGACAAACGCAUCGCCUAGGAGGCCUGCCAAACGCCAGGAUCGUCGACGAAGCGAGUUGAAUCGCCAACAGCAGCAAGGGCCAUCGCAAAAGGGGAAUUAUCGCAUUGCAGAGCCACCGGGAAGGCUAAAGCGAACAAGCAGCUCCAGCAGCUUAGCCUCUGCUUUCUUUGACUUG